GACGUAUAGGCAUUGAGCACUUCCGGCUUUGGGUGCUGAUGAGAAUGAAGUGACCUGGUGAUGCUUUGUGUUUUCAUUUAGCUGUUGAUGUUCAUGUGUAGAUUUAGCCUCUUAUUUCAGCAUUUACACGAGAGCGCGCCCUGGUUGAAUCGACAUAAACAAGACGAUUGAACAACACGAAGAUGGCUGAUAGAAGUGACCUGAAAGCUGAGCUUGAGCGCAAAAAGCAGCGCUUAGCCCAGAUUCGAGAGGAGAAGAAAAGAAAGGAGGAAGAGAGAAAGAAGAAAGAGUCUGAGAUGCUUCAGAGGACUGAGAACGUGUCAGAAGACUCGGACCUAGACAGAAAGAGAAGAGAGACAGAGGCUCUCCUGCAGAGCAUUGGGAUUUCACCAGAACCACCUUUAGUGCAGCCACUGCAGCUUUUAACAUGGGAUACCUGUUAUUUUCAUUAUUUAGUCCCAACCCCUAUGUCUCCCUCUUCGCAAUCAGUGAGCCCGCCCAGUGAAACUGGAAGUCAAGAGUCCAUAGAUGGAGGGACGGUGGGAAGAUAUCGGACGUUGCAAUGGGACACCGACCCCUCAGCUCUUCAGCUUCUUGCAGAUUCUGUUCAUGGCUGCAAGAUGCAUAGGCUUGGAGCAUCAAAAAUUGUUCAGAUUGAUUUCAUGCCAAAAGAACUGGUGACAUACUCCAAAGAGACACAGACCCCUGUCACAUCUGAUCAGCCUGAGGAGGAGGAGGAUGAGGAGCUGUCAGUGCCAAAAUCUGAGCCGGUGUCACAGCAGCUAGAGGAGGACAAGCCUCAGGAGGCCGAAGAAGUUCAUCCUAGAGAACUCACCAAUGAGGAGAAAGAGCAGAUUGUUCAUUCAGAGGAUUUCCUGUUUUUCUUCGACCGAAGCAUCCGUGUAGUGGAGCGAGUGCUGGCCGAGGACACGGACAUUUUCUUUGACUACAGUGGGCGAGAUAUGGAGGACAAAGAAGGGGACAUGCAAGCUGGAUCAAACUUGUCUUUUAAUCGACAUUUCUAUGAUGAGCAUUGGUCUAAACAUCGAGUCGUCACUUCCCUGGAUUGGUCACCACAGUAUCCUGAAUUGCUAGUGGCCUCGUACAACACUAAUGAGGAUGCGCCUCAUGAGCCAGAUGGAGUUGUGCUGGUCUGGAAUAUGAAGUUUAAGAGGACGACCCCUGAAUACAUAUUCCACUGUCAGUCCUCAGUGAUGUCAGUUGGCUUUGCUCAGUUUCAUCCCAACCUGGUGAUCGGAGGCACUUACUCAGGACAGAUAGCACUGUGGGACAAUCGAAGUCACAGGAGGACCCCAGUGCAAAGGACACCCCUGUCUGCAACUGCACACACUCAUCCUGUAUACUGUGUGAAUGUGGUCGGAACACAAAAUGCCAACAACCUGAUCACAGUAUCCACAGAUGGCAAGAUGUGCUCCUGGAGUCUGGACAUGCUCUCACAGCCUCAGGAGAGUAUGGAGCUGAUCUAUAACAAGUCAAAGCCUGUGGCAGUCACUUGCAUGGCCUUCCCUGCAAGUGACGUGAAUAACUAUGUGGUAGGAAGUGAAGAGGGCACCGUUUACACAGCAUCCCGCCAUGGGAGUAAGGCUGGUAUUGGUGAAAUGUUCGAUGGGCAUCAGGGACCUGUGACUGGAAUCAGCUGCCAUAACUCUGUGGGCCCAGUUGACUUCUCACAUCUCUUUACUACUUCCUCAUUUGACUGGACAGUGAAACUGUGGUCAACCAAACAUAACAAGCACCUCUAUUCUUUUGAAGACAAUGCAGACUAUGUGUAUGAUGUCAUGUGGUCUCCAGUGCAUCCAGCGCUCUUUGCUACAGUCGAUGGGAACGGUCGCCUGGACCUCUGGAAUCUCAACAACUACACAGAGGUGCCAUCGGCAAGUGUGACCGUGGAGGGAGGAUGUGCCCUGAACCAGGUCAGAUGGGCAUCAGGGGGCAGAGAGGUGGCAGUGGGUGAUUCAGAGGGCCGUGUUUGGAUCUAUGAUGUGGGAGAGUUGGCCGUGCCACAUAUAGACGACUGGAGCAAAUUUGCCCGUACGCUCAUGGAGAUUCGUGCAAACCGAGGGGAUGGAGAGGAAGAAGGUGCGUUGGAGCUGCCUGCCUGAGACAGACACAAAUACAUUCAGUGAGAAACAAGUAAAGAUACGCUGAAACAGAUGCUUGAUGUAAAUGAGUGAAUCACGCAUCCACGCUGCUGUGAUCGCAGGUUUUUUUAUUUUGCCUACAAAAGUCUAUUUAUAGCAUGGGUGUUAAUUAGCAAUAACUCCUGUUCCAGUGCUAAUAGUUAAUUCCAGAACACACACAGGUGAAUGAGCUUGAGCUAAUGUAUAUCUAUGGCUUGCAGUGACUAUAAUAGGAGUGAGCCUGUGAUCGUACUGUAUCAAAACCGAAUGAUAACUUAUUUUACAAAUGUGAAAGUGCAGGGUCAUGUUGAGAUACAUGGAAGAAUGUAUUGACCAUUAUGUAAAAAUGUAUUGUAGCAAACCUUAUGAAUGUGACUUUCUUUGACCUUUAACGUUGUAUGUGUGUAUAAUUGAAUACCAACUGGAGCAUAAAAGCAACUGUAAAGUGUGAACUUACAAUAAAAGUUGUGUUUUAAUCUUCAUUUGAGCAGUUAUUUGUCCAAAAUGUGGGGUUAUUAUGUGUGAUAAAAAGUUUUUAUAUUAUUCCACGAUGUUUUCGUGGCAUUAAACCUUUAAUCUUUGAUCACAAUGACAACAGAUUCCUUGUCAUCCAUGGUUUUUUUUCCUCCAUCAUCAGCAACUUUCAUGGACGCACACGGCCGCACGUAGAAGGCGGGAUUCUGUUACCAUGACAAUUACGUCAAUAUUAGUGUCGGGUAACUAAAGGUCAAACUAAAGACAAGCCAGAGACGGAAGGAAACAGGCUCGGAAUGGCGGAGACUAAAGGUUUUUUGCAGCAAAAGCCGGAGGAAAUCACAGUAAUAAACUGUGGUUUAAUCGCGUUAUCGCUUGAACGGCGGUGCUUUGUCUAAUUUGAACAGGAUACCCAUAUGUUACGAGGUACUGCUGCGGCGGGAAGGACAGUCCAUGCUAGUUUUGUCUGUAAAUUGGAGCAAAGCUUAGAGCAUAGCUACCGUUAGUUAGCCGUGCUGUGUUGUUCCGUUUCGAAGCAGAAUGACUUUUGCUAACUAUCAGUGCUGUAUUAUACACAAGCAAAACGCCUGGAUGGCUCUAGGUCGCUUUUGCGAGGGUAAAAUGCAGUGCAGCUAUGGCUUGACUGCUUGCUUCCUCUUCACCCAACUUGGUAGCUGGUAGCAACACAGGCUUACUUGGUGCAAGUUCUUCUUAUUAUAACAACUCUUUUCGUGCGGUAUAUUGUAGUGGAGACUGUCUUCAAAUUCACAGAUUUUCUUAUUCACAAGCAGAGAAACAAGGUUGAACCAAUGUCAGUCUACAAAUACGAGUGUUUUUAAUACGAUUUUGUUUGGUUCAAACUCGGGUCGUAUAUGGCUGUUAUUUAUGCUGAUGCUCAUAUGUAGAGACCGCACUGCACUUCCAGUUGUUGUUUUUGUCGAUAACAACUUAUUUUAAUGAUUGAAAAUUUACCGAUAUCGACUCAGCACAUUUUUUGUGAUUGUUUUAAUCAAAUAUCUGUGAUUAGAGACCGUGACAGUGUUCGAAUCUGCAAGGUCUUCAUCCUCAUCGCGGUCCCUUUGUCAUUGACGUGAAGGAGAGAGGACCUUUAACUUUCAACUCGGCUUUUGCUGUAUUUUUAUUUCUCAUGAGGACUGUAGAGGGCAGUAAACUCACCACAUACAUUUUCAUGGUUUUCCUAGGUUGAUAUAAUUUGCAUUCGGAUGAAUUAUAUUUAUUUGCAUUACGCUGUUUGAUAUGCUUUUAGCUGGUUGUUCAUGCCUGUAAACAUCCCCGACUGGAAGCUGUGCUAUACUUGAACAAAAAGCUUUCAGUUGGAUGUUUGCUGCCAUCCUCCAGUUCUUUCGUCUUUAUUGAUAUGUGUGUAAUUAAACAAUACUGCUUCCUAAAUGUUACAUAACAACAAUUAUGUGUACAUGUUAAUUUUUAAAUGAGUUGACAGAUGUGCCAUCUGGAUCUGUUUGUGUUUUCUGUAGUAAUAUUCCAGUGUAGUCGUUGUAAACAUCCUACACUCAGCUGUAUUCUGCAAAAGAGGCUGGGGGGAGGGUGUUUGCUGUGACUGACUGGAGCACCUCUGUGAUUUUUGUGAAGCUGAAAGGAGACAAGAAAGAAUGAUAAAAGUAAAAACAUCUACUUUGUUAAUCCCUCUGUUGUACGUAUAAAUAUAAUAAUACCCCAAAUAAACGCAUUUAAUUCUG